AUGGCGCCAAACACCAGCAACUCGACUGCUAACAACGAAUCGACAACUGACAACCAGAGCGCGGAGAGAACAACAACCCCGCCUGAUAGAGCGGCCGACGUGGUGCACCCCGGCUUUUCCAUUGCCUUUGUACUGGGCAUCUUGCUUGUGCUCCCUCUCAGCAUCGUCCUGGCGUUUCUGUUAAGGGACAGCGAGGGUGGUUCUACUCCCCCAGACAUCAUCUGGCCGCCAGCCGCCACCUCGGUCUCAUUUGACAAUGACAUGUGGGGCAAGAAGCCCAAGGUCCUGCCUCUCACCGAAUUCCUCACCUUGAGUAUCCCAAACAUCGUGAAAGUCUUCCCCAACGCGACACGCCUCUGUGCGCCGGCUAACAUUGAGCUGACCGACGCGCUCCAGGAGUUGGAGCUUGUCGUGGAGAAGUCUCACUUCGAGCCUCUCCGUGUCGAAGCCUGGACGCUGGGGCUGGUGCUCUAUGAGCUACACGUGCUGCCUUCCUCUGAGCCCGUGUUCUGGGAUAAGGAGCGUCAGCCCAACACCCACUAUGAGAACGCCGGCAAGCGUCUUGCGUGGCUUGCUUCUGAGUUCGAUAGAAUGUUGCAGAACCGCAUGAACCUGGCGAAGCGUCUCUCGGAGGAGAAGCAGGGAACGGACGGGGUGUUCAAGCCGCUUAAGGAAGACGUGUGUGGGUGGUCCGACGGACUGAACCUGCUGGUGAGCAAAGACCCAGCGACUCAGGACCUAUUCCCGCACCAGGAGGAGAUAACCAAAGCGUACUACCGGGUAUGGAUGAUGUGCACGAUGGUGGACUGGGCGUGGCGGGACCUGUUGGCCAUGACGCAGCACUUGGAGCGUGACGAUGCGGAAUGGCUCAAGGCGGCCGUGGGUCGGAUGACCAAUUGGGUCGAGGAGCAUGAGGAUCCCAUCACAAGAGAGGAUGCUCUUGAAGCAGAUGAGAUGAUGAAGGAUUUGGUCCAGGAGUACAUGGAGAAGCUGAAGUUGUGGUACUACUACGAUUAUUGA